UCGCAGCCGCCGCCUGCUCCGUCCAACAGUGUUGAUUUGAGUUGGUCAGGUUUGUCAGGUUUCCAGGUAUUUCUGGGUUGGUUUUUUUUUUUAGUAUCGAGCUGUCUGGUGUGUUAAACUGACAUGCAAGCUUUAAGUAAUCUCUUCCGGGCUGCCUGGUCUUCUGAUGCCAGGCUUGAUGGCAAGACUGUGGUUAUCACCGGGGCCAACACUGGCAUCGGCAAGGAAGCCGCCAUGGACCUGGCAAAGAGAGGGGCUCGGAUCAUCAUAGCAUGCCGAGACAUGGAGAAAGCUGAAGUGGCUUUGAAAGAAAUCAUCGAUAGCUCCCUCAGCGACAACGUUGUGUGCAUGAAGCUUGACCUGGCAGACACCAAAUCCAUCAGAGAAUUUGCAGAAGCCAUCAUUAAAAAUGAGCCAAAACUCAACAUCCUCAUCAACAACGCAGGCGUCAUGGUUUGUCCUUUUGGGAAAACGGCAGAUGGCUUUGAAAUGCAGAUCGGCGUCAAUCACAUGGGUCAUUUCCUGCUGACGUCUUUGUUGCUUGACCUGAUUAAAAGAUCGGCCCCAGCCAGGAUAAUCAAUGUGUCUUCCAUGGCUCACGCCUGGGGCUCCAUCAACCUGGAGGACAUCAACAGUGAGAAGAGCUACAACAAGAGCAAAGCCUACGCCCAGAGCAAGCUGGCAAACGUCCUCUUCACCCGAUCACUGGCUAAAAGACUAGAAGGCUCCGACGUGACGACGUACUCUCUCCAUCCUGGAGUCGUUCAGACGGACUUGUGGCGUCACCUGAGCCUCUUUGAGCAGUUCUUCAUGAAAAUAGCCAGUCCUUUCACCAAAAACUCUGUCCAGGGAGCUCAGACGACAAUUUACUGUGCCGUGGAACCAUCACUGGAGAAAGAGAGCGGUGGAUACUACAGCGAUUGCGCUCUCUCCAACUGCUCCGCUGCCGGAAAAGACGACGACUUGGCUCAGAAGUUGUGGGAGCUGAGCUGCCGAAUGCUCUCCAUAUCAUGGGAAUAAACCUGACUAGAUCAAAAAGAAAGCUUUUACACCCUCAUAUGUUGCUUUUUCUUUUUUUUUUAAGAAUUCAGCAUGUCUUGUUUCACAAACACUAUUCGCAGGAAAACGACUGUCUUAAUGUUCAUGUGCUGUCCAUGUAAUAUUCUUCUAACAGUUCUUGCAUGUAUAUUUGUAUAUGCAUAUAGGUUUUAAAUUCUAAGUAUUUCUAAUAAAAGCCUUAAAACAAAUAUACAUUUUUAUCUAUUUUGAUGUAACUCAUGUUUUGAUAC